AUGUCCAACCAGCUAGAGAAAUUAGCCUCGUUUGAGGCUUCAAAUCUCGGAUUCAUUUGGCGGCAAUUUACAAGACCCAAACCGCUACCAGCCGGCAUUCGACUCAAUGGCAACGUCGCUAUUGUCACAGGGAGCAAUACCGGACUUGGUCUAUCGGUAUCAAGGCAAUUACUGGACCUAGGAUUGUCUCAUCUAGUCAUGGCUGUGCGCUCGGUCUCUAAAGGAGAAGCAGCAGCUGUUGAGCUGCGUGAAAAAUUUCCUAAAGCCAUAAUCACAGUCUGGUUUCUCGACAUGGGAUCAUAUGACUCGAUUCGCGCGUUUGCUGCACAGUGCGGAACCUUGCAGCGCAUCGACAUAGCCAUCCUCAACGCUGGACUCAUGCAGAGUGAAUAUGUGAUAAAUCCCUCCACUCAGCAUGAGGUUACGUUGCAGGUCAACUACCUAUCCACGGCUCUCCUGGCUAUCAUGCUGCUCCCAAAGCUCAAAGCAAGCAGAAAUCAUGGUGGCUCACGACCUCCAGUUCUCAGCAUUGUCGGGUCAGACAUGAUGUAUAGCGCUAAAUUCAAGACUCCAGGGUCCAUUCUGGCUCAAUUUCAGGACCACAAAACUUUUGACGGAACUUCUUGGUACGCCAAAUCGAAGAUAUUGCAGAUGUUCUUUGUGUCAAAACUUGUGGAUUUUGUUAGCUCCGAUAACGUCCUGGUCAAUGUGUCGAACCCAGGAAUGACUGCCGGAACCUCAUUUUUUCAAGGCCAUCCUGCCAUCGUGCAAAAGAUUAUCAGUGUGGCUCAAUGGAUUUUUGCUCGGUCCGCGGAUGUUGGUGCUACCGCGUACUUAGACGCAGUUCUAGUUCGAGGCAACAUUAGUCAUGGAUCCUUUGCGAGUGACUGGACCAUCAAGCCGUACCCAAAAUUAUUCUAUACCAAGUGCGGCGAUGAAUUCAAGGAAAAUCUUUGGCAAGAAACGAUGGACGAAUUUAAAUUUCUCGAUGCGUGGAAGAUUGUGAAUGAUCUGAAGGAGAAAAAUGCGGGCAUUUGA